GCGCCGGUCAAUGGUUGAUGAACCUAUUCUUUCAUUAUAUAUCAUUAGUAAAUAAUUUCUUCUUUAAUUCUCAUCUGCACCUAUUCUUCUCUCUCUCUCUCUGGAGGAACUGUUUGAUAGCUUUUCUGAUUAUUGAUUUGGUGAACCACAAUGGCUCGUCCAAAUGUCCCAAAGUUUGGCAAUUGGGAAAAUGCCGACAGCAUGCCUUAUACUGUGUAUUUUGAAAAAGCAAGGCAAACUCGUGGUACUGGAAAGAUCAUAAACCCCAAUGAUCCUGAAGAGAAUCCAGACAUGUUUCCAAAUCUUGCUCCUCCACCUGAAGUUGCCCCUCAUCCCAAGCCUAAAAGACAAACAGAGGAACCACCAAUUGGACCAGCUAGGCAAACACGGGACCGUAGACUAAGUAAAGAAGAUGGUGAAUUCCGGCAGUAUGCAAAUUCUCCAGCGCGUAAUGAGAACAUGGGACGGAAAGGUGCCAAUGAGCCAUCUCAUCAACGUGGUCGUGGAUCAACCUCUGGUCGAACUGGCAGACAAAGUAUAGGAUCUGAACAUAGCUUUGAUAAGUCACCACUGCAUCCACAUUACCAGGCAAAGGUUAAUAAUGCUGGAAGAGGUGCUGCAUCUCCUGCUUGGGAAGGAAAGAAUAAUUCUUAUGAUAGUAGUCACGCUACUCCUGGAAGAUCAUUUGAAAAUUCUCAUGCCACUCCUGGAAGGUCCAAAGUUAAGCAAGAAGAGAACUCUGAUAGAGGAGCUGCAGUUCCAAGAUUUGGGGAGUGGGACGAGAAUGAUCCUCAAUCUGCUGAUAACUACACACAUAUUUUCAACAAGGUGCGAGAGGAAAAGCAAGGAAAUCCAUCAGGGACACCUAGUAGAACAUCUCACAACACACACAUGCAUAACUCAGAGGAAAAGCAAAUGAAGUGGUGCUGUUGUCCCUGGUAAUUAUGCAAGGGAGGACCUUGAUUUUAUUCUGAAACGGCCAACGGAUAUGUAAAUAGUUCAACAAAUUACUUCUGCAAUAUAUUAGAGUAAUUCAUUUGUACUGUGUUCCCACAGAAUUCCGCAAUUGUAUUGUCAACUUGUAGUCUUUAAUAUUGUACUUCUAUUUGUAUGUUACAGACAGUGCUUGCAGAGUUUUUUAUGCUUUCUCUAUUUUGUGUGUGUGAGUGAAGUCUAGUAUUUGUUGUUCUUCUCUGGCAAUGCAAAUGGUUAUAAUAUUUGAUUACUGCUCAAGUAUUACUUUCUUCUUCUAAAAAAGAAUUGUGCAUUUUGAUUUA